AUGGCCGACUCUACCACCGCUACUAAAACGCCCUUCACCGGCUCUUGCCACUGCGGCUUCAUCAAAUACCGAGCACACCUGUCCCUCGGCGACCCGCCGACUGCCACCCGCUGCAACUGCACCGUCUGCCUGAAACAGGGUUUCACUGGCACUCGGCUCGCUUCGCCAUCUGACUUCGAAUUACUCUCUCCCUCGUCUCUCUCUGAGGUGAAAGACUACCAAAUACGCUCCAAGGACGUACACAAGCACUUCUGCGGCAAUUGUGGGAUCCAUGUCCUUGGGCGGGGGAAAUAUGAGUAUCAAGGCGUCACUCAUGAGUUUUGUUCGUUGAAUAUCCUGACGCUCGAUCAACCGCAGGACGGGCUGGAUUUGAGUAAGUUCAAGAUUCAGUAUUGGGAUGGGAGGAAUGAUAAUUGGCAGGGCGGGACGAAGGAUGUGCCCUGGCCAGGUGGGUGUGUUUGA